AACUGAAGACGGCAAGCUAAGUGUAGGUAGGUGGGCCAGCCUGCCUGGAAAACCACCCCUAAGGAAGGCACGUUUAGGUAGCAAGGCCUCUGAAAUUAUGGACCCUGGACAGCUGGUCAGGCUGCAUUUGUUUGGCAGUGUCUAAAAUGCUUUGCGCCUGCCAACAGCUAAGUGACAGUACCAGAAAUUGUAGCACAGCCGACAAAUGGCCACAAAACAGGAAACAGAGCCAAAGCCCAGCACACUGCUGCAGCUAAAUGAUGACGUUCUGGCCUUGAUAGUGGCCCAACUAAAUGUGUACCAACAGUUCGAGCUAACCCAACUGCACAGCCGCCUGAGGAGCAUUGUCCAGUCGCUGUGGCGCACGCGUGUGCACAAUGUGGCGCUGCAAGAUGAGCUGCUGUGCCGUGCGUCGUCGCGUCACUUUCAGGCAUUCAUGCUGGCACUGGCGCCGCAUCUGGAGCGUCUCAGCUGCCAUCGGCUGGAUGUGAGACGAUUGCGAAUGCUAAAUGAACACUGCUUGCCGGGUGUCAGCAGCCUGGAGUGGCUGGGCGAUGAUCAUGAGCCGCGACGUGGCCGAGUUCGAUUCGUGGACGAGGAUGUGCGUUUGCUAAAGCGUGUGUUUCCCUCGCUGCGCAAGCUCAAAUUGCGUGGCUGCCAGGUGACGGGCAAGUAUCUGCACGAGUUGGAGCUGCUAAACGAGCUGUGCCUGGACGACUGUCAGUAUCUGGAGUCGCAGUACUUUCGCGACAUCUUUCGGCAGCUGAAGCUGCGCAAGUUUGACAUUAUGGAGGACUGCGAUGAAGUGAACUGCUGUGAUUUGGUUGACGUGCAGCUGUGCCCCACAUUGGAGCACAUUAAGAUUGCCGAUUAUCAUCUGUGCAUGGAAUCGGACAUAACACAGCAGCUGCUGCGCCUGCCACGCCUACACAAGCUCUCCAUAUAUUCCAAGAAUUUUGUCUUCGAUGUGCUGGCGCGCAUAGCGCGACUCAGCAAUGCCGCAGCUGGCGGCAUCAAGCAAAUCGAAGGCUUUCGCUUUAGCGGACUUCUACACGACUAUGAACGCUUCUUUCGUGAGCUAAGCAAUCUACGCCAUCUGCGCAGAUUGGAGGUGCACGGACAGUCGGAGGAUGGACAGCUACAGUGCCUCAGCGAUCAAAUGCUCUGCCCACUGGCCGCUCAGCUGCCAGAGCUCUGCGAGCUGCACCUGUGCGGCUAUCAGCUGGAGAGUCCAGCGGGUCUACUGCAAUUUGUGAUCAACUGCCGCCAGCUGCGCAUCUUGGAUAUGACAAGAUCUCGUUGCAUUGGCAACGCAUUCAUCGGCCGUUGUCUGGCAGUGCUGUCCAAGCAAAGCUGGCGCACCCAGCCGCUAGAAUUGUGGAUCAGACAGAGCGACAUUAAUCCCAGCUGUGUGCAAAAUCCCCGAUAUUUAGUCAGCGACAGAUCGCUGCGAAUUGAUACCAAACGGAUGACACCGAACAUUGAUUACAUGUCUAGUGUGCUCAAGUUUAGCUUUGUAAGAUGAUUUGUUACCUGUGCCAACUGUGUGCCUGACUUCACAUAUGCCCUGUAUUUAUAAUCCAAUAUAUAUAUGUAUGUUUACUUAAGACUGAAUGCAA